UUUUAAUAGCCGAUAGAUACUGAAAACACAUAUUCGAGAUUAGAAAUUCCGGUUUGUGUUGUCGCACGUAGUUCACUCAGUUGUCUGCGAAGUGUCCGGCAUAUUGUGCGUAUGUGGUCAUUCUGUUUGAUAAGAUAUUGAAGAUGAGGCUAGCAUUAUUCCUCGCGCAGCUAGUUCUGGCAUUCGAAGUGGCGUGGACAGCGUGCACAACAGAAAAUCCAUAUGGGGUUUAUAAUGUCUACUGCACGAAGAUAACAUCAUUCGAUGACGUACCGUUGGAGUUUCGCAUACCCUCUGUUUUCGACCUCUUCAUUAACGGAAGUACAAUAUCUUUAAAGCGCACCAAAUCCCUCCAGGGAAUCGCUAAUCUGCAUAUACAUUCUAGCGAUAUCACAUCACUCGAACCCGAAUUUUUCGACAGCGCGUCCAGUCUCAGAGAGCUAAAGAUUGAGAACUGCACAGUGAGUAAUAUCCAACCGUUUCCCGUAGCGAAGUUGUCUUUUCUACGCGUCUACAAUUCUAAAAUAGGCGCGACACCGAAUAAGCUACUUCACAACUUGAAAGACUUGGUUCUCUUCACCACCUCCGGAAACGCUUGGCCAAGCCUGACAAACUUCCCAGACAAUUUUUUCAAAGACUUACCUCUAUCUGUGAUUACCUUGGAGAAUGCCGACAUCUACAGUCUGCAGGGGCUAUCUUUCAAAACUCUGAAGAAGUUGCACUACCUAGAACUACAAAACAACCAAUUGUCUUCGCUACCGGCAAACCUAUUUCAGGACCUCAGCGAAUUGGUAAAUUUAAAUUUAAGCCACAACGAUUUUAGAAAAUUCGACGAAAAGGCGUUCAAGGGUUUGCCCGUUUUGAAAACGCUCUCUCUUGCCCAUAAUAAACUAGGCGACGCGAGUAAAACAUGGUUCACCCCACUCAGAUCACUUCUAGCGUUAGAUCUGAGCUACAACAACAUUUGGAAAUGCGACCUUAUUUUGAAAAAUUUGACGAUUCUAAACCUGUCCUAUAACAACUUUAGUAAAAUUGCCAGUGAAGCUUUCGUCGGACUACCAAAGCUCUCCGAACUCGAUCUAUCUCACAAUUCCAUCCAGAAUCUAAGCUUACAGGCUUUCAAAGGUUUAACUGAGCUUAGAGUGUUAAAGUUGGGGCACAAUAAAUUGCAGGUGAUCGACGGCCGAGUGUUUGGUCACUUUCGGAGCUUAAAUGUAUUAAGUAUGGAGUACAAUCAGAUCACAAACGUAAGCCAAGCUGGUUUUGACAGUCUGAAGACGCUUUGGAAUCUAGAUUUGACUGGCAACAAGUUGACUAGGCUUGGAAACAUUUUUCACAAGAUCUCUACGUUGGAAGAGUUACAUUUGUCAAACACCAGCCUUGUUAGUUUAGACUCGGGCAGUUUUCAAGGACUGACCCGCCUACAAAAGCUAGAUUUAUCCCAAAACAGCCUAAGAAGUAUUCCUGGAGGUGUUUUCCAAAAUCUCGACUCCCUCGAGGAAUUAAACUUAUCCAAAGUCGGAUUCACGAAGCUGGACGCCGCAACCUUCGGUAAACUCGACAUGUUGUUGCGCUUAAACUUGGAAGGGAACGCGUUGGAAGAGUUACCUUUGGGAAUUUUUGACGGUGUCAAAUUGGAAAGUCUCUCCCUUAAGGGGAACCUGAUCAAGAAUAUUAGUAGGAACGUGUUGGAAAGACAAACCAAGUUAAAGGAAAUUAACUUUGAAAAUACGCCGAUUUAUGAUCUUAAUGCGACCGAUGUUUUACCCAAUCUGAGGUAUCUUCUGCUUAAUGGCACCAAAUAUGAGAGUCAUGGGGUUGUUGAUUUGAAAAGUCGUCAAUUUCAUAAAACUAGUCGCGGAAUUUGGGAGUCGACGUGUUCUUUUCCAUAUUGUUAAUAGAUCUUAGUGUUUUUUUCCAACGAAUAUUAAAGGAUUUUGUAUAAAUAAAUUUUUAGCAUAUAAGUUUA